AUGCCGCGUAACGACCUCAAAAUGGAUGAUGUGACGAUGGGGCUCAGCGCAGCCGAUAUUCGCUGUCUCCUCUUGGGACUUCUCAUUUUGAAAUACGAGAUGGAUACCACUGAGCUCGCCGCCAUUACCGGAUACAAAUCUGGAACUGCACGCAGCAUGUUUAGUCGGGCUCUACACAGACUUCGCAAAGCCCAUGAGGCCUCGAAAAAGCCCCAGGCGGAGGAAGAUUUGAAUGAUGAGAUUGUCAACUAG